GGGAAACGUGAUUUUCAAAAUGGCGGCCUCCAUGAAACUUUGAGUUUGUCACCGAGUUUCAAUAAUAUCCAAAUUCACCAGAACCUUUGCAUAAAAUUCAAGAAACACUAUGGCGAAAAGAGCAGCAACAACGCAGUUAACUGAUAGAAACUGGGAAGAAGAAGAUCCCCAGGAAGAGGCUGGUACAUUCUCAGUUGCUAGUGGGGAAAAGUUAGCUAAAAGACAAAUUAAAAAAGCUAAACGUCGUGUUGGAGGUACUGAAAGUGAUUCUGGGUCUCCAGCUUUUAAAGGCUUCUCGGGCUUUGCUGGUCUUGCUGAAUCAUCUAAGGUGAAUUUUGGGGAAAUGCAGUUCAAGUCUGUGUCAAAUGGAACAAAUACAAAGUCUUCAACACCAUCAUUUGGGGCAGCUACUUUUACAUCCUCGCAACCCAAACCUGUCACCACAGUCCAGACUCCAGAAAUAAAGAUUACUCCAACCAUCGGUAUGUCAAUAAAAACUAAGUCACUAUUGGAAAAAGAGAGUUACAAUUCUGAGUACUGCAAGCGACUGAAGGAACUUAAUAAAUCUGUGUCUGCCUGGAUUGAGAAACAUGUUGCAACAAAUCCUCUCUGUGACCUGACGCCAAUAUUUCAAGAUUAUGAGAAACAUCUGCGCGAGUUAGAAAAAAAAUAUCCACCAAGCAGCAGUGAAAGUGAGACUGAAAAGGAAGAAUUUCCAGGUGAAAGUGAAAAAAAACCCUCUAAGAUGAGUAGUGAUGUCGGUUCUAAAGUGUUGAGUGGUGCUGACACUGGCAUAGAGUCGAUGAAACCAACUUUUAAGUUUGGCAGUGUUAAAGAAGAUUCAUCAAAGGACACUGCCAAAUCAGGUUUUCAAUUUGGCAGUGGUAUUGUUAAGGAGGACUCCACAAAACCAAGUUUUCAAUUUGGCAGUGUCAAAGAUGAGCCUGUCAAACCAAUGAGUUUCAGUUUUAAGAAAGCUAGCGACUCAUCAAGUAGUGAGGGCAAAGGUUUUCAGUUUCCAUCAACACAUGGUGCUGCUGCUGGUUCUUCUUUCUCCUUUGGUGCUGCUGGUAGAACUGGUGGCACAACUUCAGGUUCUGGAUUUUCAUUUGGAGUUAAGCAACCCUCAAGUUCUGGUGGCGAUAAGGCUGCAGAGAAGAUAAGCGAGGAUGAAACCCCACCUAAGAAUGAAUUUACAGAGGUAAAAGAAGAUGAUGCUCAACAUUCAGUAAGGUGUAAACUGUUUUUCAAGAAAGAAGCCAGCUAUUGUGAGAGAGGCGUUGGUAUGCUGUAUCUCAAAAAAAUAGGCAAUGUCUUGCAACUACUGAUAAGAGCAGAUACAAAUUUAGGAAAUAUACUAUUAAAUAUUGGAGUACCACCAUCAAUACCAGUCAGCAGACAGGGAAAGAACAACCUACUGCUAGUCGCACCAGCCAAUCCUCCAGUUGACAAGCAAUGCCCUAUGUGUGAGAAAAAGUAUGUGAAUCCGCAGGAGAGCAACAAGUGUGAGAGUGGAUGUAAAGCGGAAGCAGUCCCCUUGCUGAUCCGGGUGAAAACUGGCGAUAUGGCAGAUGAACUUUUAAAUAAAAUUAAUGAAUUGAAAGAAUAAGUUAUCAAUUUUGUAUUGAAGACAAAAGAAAUUUUCUGCUUGAGCAGUUCUUAUAUGAUUUGUAGAGACAGCUUGGUGUAAUAUAUUUGAUAAUUUACCUAUAUCACCCAGACUCUCACCACACAGCACUAGUAUGCAAAUACACACUUGAACAUUUUAAAUAUUACUGCUGACUGAAGUCAUAUUUUGAGUUUCAUUAGGAUAUAUUGUUGCUAAACAUCCAUGUCUUGGCAUGUGGAAUGCACUCCACUCCUACCUGAAUGCUUUUACAUUUUAAACUUGCAUAGUAAUGAAACGUAUCUACCUUCAAUAUGUAAGAUGCCUAUAUUCAUUUCAGAUUAUCAUAUGAAUAUACAAUACAUUUUCUCUGUCUCAAUAAUUGAAAACAAUGGCUUACUCUGGUAUUAAAUAUUAAUUCAUAUACCAAUACAUGUAUAUAUUGUGCUUCCCAUUGCCAGUCAUCUUUUAUAUUUUUUUUUAAUUGGUAUUCUGUUGGAGAAUAACGAUGCUGCCAUCAGCUUCCAGCAUAUUAUGUUAAAUAACACAGGAAUUUUUUUUCAAUUUUUGCAAUGUUAAAUGCCAUUUCAGAAAGACUGAAAAGGGAUACUAUAUCGUUGUGCCUUUCCAACAAUCACGAGUGCCGAGUACGCAGAUACAUAAAUGACUGAGGUGUUAUGCCUAUGGUCAAGUUGUAUUUCAAUGAUCCAGUAUACAACUGUUACUUUACACUUCUAAUAAAGCAAAUACGAUAUUGAACACUAUCAUGUGAAUAUCCAA